GGUUCAGUUUCAGGGGUCUCUUCUUGAGAAGAGCCAUGCCCAAAUUGCAGCAGCUCUUUCUAGCUUACUUGAUGAGGAUAAAUUAUCAGAUGAAGAGGGACCAGGGGAGCAAGAUGGGGAGACACUGGAUAGUGAAUCAGAGGUGAAUAUGUUUAUGGGGACUGGAAAUGAAGGGGAUACUGGAAUGAAAUCUGAUGGAUGGAUGACUACUUCUGAGGGAAAUGAGUGGUUUCCAUGGCCAAACAAAUUGUCUUGUACAAUAGAUAUCUUGAUGCACAUCCCUCGCUCUGUCUUCUCACAGCAUCAACUUGAUCUCUUGAUGUGGCUACUACACAUCAAUGUCAUUCAAGAUGUACCAUCUGUUAGAACAAUGAAGACUCUUGAAGAUGGCCUUCAAAAAAUCUGUGGUAUUGAAACUUUGCCUUUCACUGGUGCUUUUGGGCACCAAUAUUAUAUGAAUUCAUUUUCAGACAUUAUCAGGCAGGAGAUGGCUAACCCACAUAUUCGACCACAACUUCACUUCUACCCAGAAAAUUCAGGAGGACAGUUGAAUGAGGCAUACCAGGCCAGAAGGUGGUUAAAAGAAAUGGAUCCAACACAGCUGACUCCUAUGAUUCACCUUCAUGGUCAAGAUUUUUUCAUAUUUGAGCCAGCCCUUUUGUCAAAUGGGCAGGUUUGCAUGCCUAUAAGGUGGUUUAAAUGUGGAAGGCUUUUUUUUGCCAAGGCAUGGUCUCUUUGUGCUGUUGUUAAUGACACAGGAAGUGGUUGGAUAGUUGAGGGGCACACAGAGAUUGAAAUCUCAGAAAGAAACUUACUGGUAUCAUUCAAGAAUUGGAAUAUCAGUCAAUCAACAUCUGUUCUCCCUCCUGCACACAAUAUCUUAGGCAUUCAUCAGGCUGGACUGUUGUUGGAACCAUGGACACUCACAAACCCACAUGAGGGAAAUCAUUGGUGUGUGCUUGCAAAUGGAGCUUAUGUCUAUGGUUUUCCAAUCUGGCUUUACUGUGAUGAUACUUUAAGGAAUGUAUCAAAAUGUUGGAACAAGCACCAUUCAUUCCUGUUCACACCAGCUGGCUUGCCACAUGCUGCAGUGCAUCAGGAAUACAAUGUUCACUUCCUAUGCACAUCUAAUGUUGCACCACCCCUUGAAAUGUUGGAUGGUUUUGUAAAUCAGCUUGAGGCUGCUCAAGAGACAGGUGUAUGGGCAUGGGAUUGUGUACACAAGGAGCAAGUGUUAAUGAUUCCCUCUGUCUUAGCCCUGUUGGGGGACAAUCCAAUGCAAAGUGAGCUUGCCUGUCAUGUAGGGUUGACAGGAAAAUACUUCUGUCAUGUUUGCAAUGUCAAAGGCCAUGACACUCAAGACUUGGACACAAAUGCUAAUGAUGAAACACUGGAGCAGAGUGAUGGAGGACAGAGUGAUGGUCAGAGGUCAGUCAGGAGUGCAGGGGGGGAGUCAGUUAGUGGUAGAAAGAAGGGAAAAGGGAAAGAGACAAUGAGUGGUAUAUCAAUAAUUGAGCUCAAAUCAAUGUUUACAAUGGCAUCUACCAUAGGGAAUCAAACCAAAAUCAAGGAGAAGAUGACAUCAACUGGAUUGAAAGACACAUAUCUUGAAUACUUUAUCAAUGGGAUGGCAGCAUCAUGUAAGAGGCAGCAUGGAAGCAGUUCAAAGCAGGAGGCACUGGAUGUGUUCAUCAAGGGACUUCCUGAGAAUGUGUAUAGCCCAGUGUGGUGCAUCAAAGGACUUAAUCCUCAUGCAGACACUCCUGUGGAGGUGCUGCACACUGUUCUUUUAGGAUUUGUCAAGGUUGGCAAGAACAAAAUAAAGCAUGAACUUCUUGAAGCUUGCCUGUCUUCAUUUGAUACAACAGGGCUAGGGAUACCACCCCUGUCUGGUCACACCCUUGUCCAGUAUGCUGGAUCAUUGGUGGGCCAUGACUUUCAUGCAAUAGCACAGGCUGCACCAUUUGUUCUCCAUGGACUUGUUCCACAAGAAUGCUAUGAGGCUUGGGUAGCAUUAUCAAAAAUGAUCCCCCUCAUUUGGAAACCAGAAAUUGAAGAUGUUGAUGCUCACUUGACACAACUUGAAAUUGCAAUUCAAGAAUUUCUUGCUCGCACUGCAUGCUGGACACCUCACUGGUUCAACAAACCCAAAUUUCAUAUAUUGCUCCACCUUCCAGAGCAUAUCCAUCAUUUUGGUCCUGCUGCCUUGUUUGACACUGAAGGAUUUGAGUCAUUCAAUGCAGUCAUCUGUGCCAAAAGUGUUCACUCAAACCGACAAUCUCCAUCACAUGACAUUGCAAAGGCAUUUGCUCAUGGAAACCACAUUUGUCACAUUCUCAGUGGUGCUCCAUUACACAUCCAUGCAAAUCACCCCAACCUUGGAGUUCAAAUAAAGAAGCUGAUUGAGAAGCCACCUCUGGAUGCCCUGAAUGCUGGAGAUGCUGGAGUUUGGUGGCCUGCAGGCACAGCCCUGCUGACACUUGAAAUACUCCAUGACAAUAAUUUUCAUACAUGCAGGUCUAUGAUCUUGAUGAAUGGGGACAGAUGCAUUCCAGGCCAAUGGGUUCUCAUUCACCAACAGAAUGGUCAGCAACCUCUGGUUGCACAGAUGACAUCUUCCCCAGAUGCCAUUUUUCUUCAGUCAGGAAAAAUACAGGGGUCCACCAGACCUUAUCAGAUGCCAUUGGUGCAGUAUGAUGAUACCAAUAUACUUCUCCCCAUUGAGUUACUGUGCUCAGUCAACCUUCAGCAUUGUUGUGAUAUCCACAAUUGUGCUGCAGCUCACCAGGGAACAUCCAAUACCUCCCCCAGUAUUGUUCACAAGGGAAACCCAAAUGAUUUUGUGCUAAACACUGCAAAAAUGCGUGAUGCCAAGCACAUUCUGCCCCUAAUCAUGCAAUUAUGGAGGGUUGUGCUCAUGAGAUAG